AUGGUGCUAAAUAACGUCGUACCGGCCAUAAAGUCUAAGUUUCCACCUCAAUCGGGUGUGAUUAUCCAACAAGACAAUGCCAGCCCCCACAAGUGCGUGACGACAAGUGUUCUGAACUCGCGCGGCAUUUUGGGCAUUGAAGUGAAGAACCAGCCACCGAACAGCCCAGACUUCAACGUCUUAGACUUAGGAUUCUUUAACUCUAUUCAAAGCCUGCAGUAUCAAAAGAGCACUCGUACAAUCGAGGAGCUUAUUGAUGCUGUGGAAACCUCGUUUUAUGAGUUGCCUGUGGAUACGGUGUCCAAAACAUUCAUUACCCUGCAAAAGGUGAUGGAGAAAUGCAUCGAAAUACACGGAAGCAACGACUAUAAGCUCCCUCACAUGAAGAAGGACGCAAUGAUAUCCGACUUUACGUCCUUCAACGUUGAAUUCUAUGCUGCGUGGCGCACCACGAUUGAAGAAGCGGCUGUGACCGCAGAUUUCUUCUCUCUCUACAGCAAUGAGACCUUUUGCCCCACGCACAUCGAAACCGACACCUACACUAUCAGCCAGGCCAAGCCCCACGUGGACAAGAUCCGCAAAUAUGCGAAGUACUCCGCGGACGGUUACGCCUGCGACGCCUUGGAGCAGCACCUUGCAAGAGUAAAACGCCUCGAAGAAUACUUCACUCGCAAGUUUCUGAACGAGUACAUCGCGGAGUCACUCACUGCCCUACGCAUCCAAGCCCCUACGCAUCCAAGCUAA